UAACAAGAAAGAGCCCCACGUCUCCCAUAUCUAGGACUUGAGUCCCACUUGUAAAGGGCAUCUUCUUCCUCUGCAACUGCAACUCUACCCUUCUAGCUACUUCAAUCAUGUCCAUAGCCAAGUUAUCUCAUACUAAAAGUUAGUAAAGACCCGCCAUUUGUUCACUUCCAGAUCUCUUCAGAAAAUGGGUAAGCUCAAAAACAAACGAAAUUCCGCCGACGAAACCCACCAGAACCAGAACAAGCCGCCGCUAAAAGCUGAGAAACCGCCCUCUUGGGCCCUUCUCAGAGGCAUUUUCAACUGCAAACAUAUCCAACCACAAGACCAUGAACAGCAACAGCAGAAAAAUCAGGAGCCGCAGCAACAAGGAAAGCAACCGAAAAAGCAGAAGCAGCAAGCUGUGGAGGAAAUCAGCAGCAAGAAAUGCAAGAAAAUGAAGUGUUCUGGGUCACUAUGCAGCAACACAAAAGUCAUGCACAGGCCCGAAACAUCCUCCCCUGAAGGCCAAAAGAAAAGGGCUUCAAUGGAAAUAGCUUCUAGUAGAUCUAUGAAAGCUCCACUUCAAGAGAUUAAUGGCGUAGGAGUUGUUUCCUCCACAAAUUCUUCACUAUCUAUAUCUUCCAGUUCCUCCAUUAAUGGCGGGUCUUUUCGAGGAAUGCCGUUUCGUAGAUUUUCUGGAUGUUACGAGUGUAGAAUGGUGGUUGAUCCUGUUCUUGGGAUCACCAGAGAUCCUUCUCUCAGAGGUAGUAUUAGUUCUUGCCCCGAAUGUGGUGAGAUCUUCAUGAAGCCCGAGAAUCUGGAGCUUCAUCAAGCCGUUAGGCAUGCGGUGUCUGAACUUGGACCAGAGGACACAAGCAAGAACAUCGUGGAAAUUAUAUUCCAAUCAAGCUGGUUAAAGAAACAAACACCAAUCUGCAAAAUCGACCGCAUCCUCAAGGUCCACAACACCCAGAAAACCAUAACCAAGUUCGAAGAAUACCGAGACUCGAUCAAAGCGAAAGCCACCAAGUUCCCCAAAAAGCACCCGCGUUGCAUAGCAGACGGCAAUGAGCUCCUCAGGUUUCACUGCACCACCGUCGCAUGCUCACUCGGCCUUAACGGCUCUUCCAACCUCUGCAACUCCAUUCCUCACUGCAACGUAUGUAGCAUUAUCAAGAACGGGUUCAAGGUCGCCAAAGAAGUAGACACGAAGGGGAUUCUGACGACGGCAACCAGCGGCAAAGCGCACGACAAAGCCGGAGGAGUUGAUCAGGAUGGAGGGAAUGAGAAGAGAGCAAUGUUGGUAUGCAGGGUGAUUGCAGGGAGGGUGAAGAAGACGACGGAAGGUCAAGGAAUGGGUGGGAUGGAGGAGUAUGACUCGGUGGCCGGAGCUGUUGGGCUAUACUCUAAUUUAGACGAGUUGUAUGUGUUUAAUCCGAAGGCUAUUUUGCCUUGCUUUGUUGUUAUCUACAGAGGUUUUUAGUCUGGAAUAUUAACACCGGAGGUAAUUAAUUAAGAUAAGAUUUUCUGUUGUUGCUUUUAAGUUUUGGUUAUUUUUGUUUGUUUGGUUUCUGGGUUUUAACCAUGGGAAGAAAGGACAAAGAAGAAAUAAAGCUCUGGUUGCAGAGAA